UCCCCGCGACCCCGGCGCGGGCGGCGCUCAGGCCGCGAGCGAGGCGCCUCUGGCGGCCGCACCAUGGAGUCGGGCCCCGAGGAGUACGAGCUCAACGGCGACCUGCGCCCUGGCUCGCCCGGCUCGCCGGACGCCUCGCCAUCCCGCUGGGGCCGGAACCGGCCCAUCAACGUGAACCAUUACGCUAACAAGAAGAGCGCAGCUGAGAGCAUGCUGGACAUCGCGCUGCUGAUGGCCAACGCCUCCCAGCUGAAGGCCAUCAUCGAGCAGGGCCCCGCCUUCACCUUCUUCGUCCCCCUGGUGGUCCUCAUCUCCAUCUCCCUCGUGCUGCAGAUUGGUGUGGGCGUGCUGCUCAUCUUCCUUGUUAGGUACGACCUCAACAAUCCUGCCAAGCACGCCAAGCUGGACUUCCUCAACAACCUGGCCACCGGCCUGGUUUUCGUCAUUGCCGUGGUCAAUAUCUUCAUCACUGCCUUCGGCAUCCAGAAGCCUGUGAUGGACGUGGCUCCGCGGCAGUAGGGUUCAGAUGUCCCCGGAUCGCACCCGGCCAUAGCCACCCAGAUCCCGGAGCCACCUGCCCCCUGAGGCCCACCUCCCAGUGGGGGGCACUCCCGGCAACCGCAAGAGCCCAGGCGGGCCCCACUAGACUGUGUCCUGGGAUGAGCCGCCCCGUGGCUAGGCCACCCCAGGCCAGCGCGGGCCCUGCUCCGUCCUCGGCUGCCCCUCCCCCUGGAGCGUGCCCCAGGGGACAGAAGUGGGGAAGGGUCGUGGCUGCCACAGACACACAGCAGCCCAAGGAUGGGGGUGAGGGGCCCCUGUUGGCCUUGGUCCCAGGACGUAUCCGGAGGGACAAGGAGACCCCUGCCUCUACCAGUGCAACGAGCAUCUGGGCUUUGAGGCCCCACACUGGGGACCCAUGGCAUCUGUGCUUCCUGACCCAGGACGCGGGACUGCUGGCCCCAGCUGCCCACAGGCCCUGCACACGCCUUCCACCAGCAGGGCCCCGAGCCCCCACAUUUCUAAGCACCAACGACCAAUAAAGCUGACGCGCCUCCUC